CGUUUUUUGCGGUGACGAUGCAGAUAUGCGUUUCAAGCUUCACGACGUUCACAUUCGUCGGCGACUUUCUCGUUUAGCUGAUUCUUACAUUUCUCCGGCAUCGGUUAAUUCAGGAAUCAGAGCACUAAUUCAGAAAGGAGAGUAUUUACAAGCUCUGCAUUUAUACACUAAGCAUGAUGGUUCUUCUCCUUUGUGGACUUCCGUUUUCACAUUUCCUUCUCUUCUUAAAGCUUGCUCUUCUCUUACGAAUCUCAGCUCUGGCAAAACCAUUCAUGGUUCGAUCAUCGUGUUGGGUUGGCGAUAUGAUCCUUUCAUCGCAACCUCGCUUGUCAAUAUGUAUGUAAAAUGUGGUUUUUUAGAUUAUGCCGUCCAAGUGUUCGACGGUUGGUCUCAGAGUGGAGUUUCUGCUCGGGAUGUCACAGUUUGUAACUCUAUGAUUGAUGGGUACUUCAAAUUUCGACGAUUUAAGGAAGGGGUUGGUUGUUUUCGUCGGAUGCUUGUGUUGGGUGUUAGACCUGAUGCUUUCUCGUUAUCCAUUGUUGUAAGUGUUUUGUGUAAAGAAGGAAACUUUAGGCGGGAAGAUGGGAAACAGAUUCAUGGGUAUAUGUUGAGGAAUUCGUUAGAUGGUGAUUCGUUCUUAAAAACUGCUUUGAUUGAUAUGUAUUUCAAGUUUGGGUUAUCGACAGAUGCGUGGAGAGUUUUUGUGGAGAUUGAGGAUAAAUCGAAUGUUGUACUAUGGAAUGUGAUGAUUGUUGGGUUUGGUGGUAGUGAGAUCUGUGAAUCUAGCUUGGAGUUGUAUAUGCUUGCAAAGAGUAACAGUGUCAAGCUUGUUUCCACUUCAUUUACUGGAGCUCUUGGUGCGUGUAGUCAAAGUGAGAAUUCUGCUUUCGGCAGGCAGAUCCAUUGCGACGUGGUGAAGAUGGGACUUGACAAUGACCCGUACGUUUCUACUUCUCUGCUGUCAAUGUAUUCAAAAUGCGGUAUGGUUGGUGAGGCGGAAACUGUCUUCAGUUGCGUUGUGGAUAAAAGACUUGAGAUCUGGAAUGCUAUGGUUGCAGCUUACGUAGAGAAUGAUAAUGGGUACUCUGCUUUGGAAUUGUUUGGUUUCAUGAGACAGAAAAGUGUCUUGCCUGAUUCUUUUACCUUGUCGAAUGUUAUAUCCUGUUGCAGCAUGUUUGGAUUGUAUGACUAUGGCAAAUCAGUCCACGCGGAACUGUUUAAGAGACCGAUACAAAGUACGCCUGCAAUAGAGAGUGCUUUACUCACUCUGUAUUCCAAAUGUGGAUGUGAUACUGAUGCUUACUUAGUCUUCAAAUCAAUGGAAGAAAAAGAUAUGGUUGCGUGGGGCUCCCUGAUCUCAGGACUUUGCAAGAAUGGGAAAUUCAAAGAGGCAUUGAAAGUUUUUGGGGACAUGAAAGAUGAUGAUGAUAGCUUGAAACCUGAUUCUGAUAUUAUGACAAGUGUUAUAAACGCAUGCGCCGGAUUAGAGGCUCUCAGUUUUGGCCUUCAGGUUCAUGGCAGCAUGAUUAAAACUGGGCAAGUGCUUAAUGUUUUUGUUGGCAGCUCCCUUAUUGAUCUGUAUUCUAAGUGUGGCUUACCAGAAAUGGCUCUCAAAGUUUUCACUAGCAUGAGACCGGAAAACAUUGUUGCCUGGAAUUCAAUGAUAUCUUGCUACAGCCGAAACAACCUUCCAGAACUGUCGAUUGAACUUUUCAAUCUGAUGCUCAGUCAAGGUAUCUUCCCAGAUUCAGUAUCCAUCACAAGUGUCCUUGUAGCAAUCUCAUCGACUGCAAGCUUGCUAAAAGGGAAAAGUCUACAUGGUUAUACAUUACGACUUGGCAUUCCUUCAGAUACUCACCUGAAAAACGCUUUGAUUGAUAUGUAUGUAAAGUGCGGGUUUUCGAAGUAUGCAGAGAAUAUCUUCAAGAAAAUGCAGCAUAAGAGCCUGAUCACUUGGAACCUAAUGAUAUAUGGGUAUGGAUCCCAUGGAGAUUGUCGUACAGCAUUGAGUCUGUUCGAUGAGCUGAAAAAGGCAGGAGAAACGCCCGAUGAUGUAACAUUCCUGUCUCUGAUUUCAGCCUGCAAUCAUUCCGGUUUUGUGGAGGAAGGGAAAAACUUUUUUGAGAUCAUGAAACAAGAUUAUGGAAUUGAACCAAAAAUGGAACAUUAUGCAAAUAUGGUGGAUCUUCUAGGACGUGCGGGUCGCCUGGAAGAAGCUUACAGUUUUAUAAAAGCAAUGCCUACUGAAGCAGACAGUAGCAUAUGGCUCUGCCUCUUAUCUGCUUCUAGAACUCAUCAUAAUGUAGAACUUGGAAUAUUGUCUGCUGAGAAGUUGUUGAGAAUGGAACCGGAAAGAGGCAGUACCUAUGUUCAGCUAAUCAAUCUUUACAUGGAAGCAGGAUUGAAGAACGAAGCAGCAAAGCUGUUGGGUGAGAUGAAGGAGAGAGGCUUGCAGAAACAACCUGGUUGCAGUUGGAUUGAAGUUAGCGAUAUAUCUAAUGUUUUCUUUUCAGGAGGUUCAUCUUCUCCAAUAAAGGCUGAGAUCUUCAAAGUAUUGAAUAGGCUGAAGAGUAAUAUGGUAACUGAGGACAAGGCUACUUGAACAAGAUAACAUUCUGAAUUGAUGAUGUUUUUACAUCACUUCUACUUCUCAGAAGAAACACUCUCUUUUUGGCAGUGUAGAGUAAAAAUAGAGACACUCUUAGGGUUUAAAAUGAAUGAGAUAUUACAAAUCAAA